CACACGGAGUUCGCGCAAGUUAAGCGUAAAAAGGAUGAUCCGUCAAAGCAGAUGACCCUGACGGAUGCUUUUCAGAGUCAAAAACAAAUGGCACAACAGAGCGCAAAAGCUGUAAAAAUAACAGAAAAGCUCUUGGAAUUCAUCGUUCUCGAUGAUCAGCCCCUCUCCGUUGUGGAAAACAUCGGGUUUCGUCGCCUCAUGGAACAUCUGGAACCCCGAUACAGUUUGCCGUCUAGAAAGUACAUUUCUGAGACCGCUUUGCCUGAGCUGUAUUCCAAAGUUUCAUCUCAAAUUGCAGACAAAUUAAAAGAUGUGCAGUCCUUGAGCUUUACUACUGAUAUUUGGAGCUCCGACGUGUGCCCCAUGUCUCUUUUAAGUUUAACUGCACAUUGGAUGGAUGCGAGUUAUGCUUUGCAAAGCGCUGUGCUACACGUUAAGGAAUUACGAGGGUCUCACACCAGCAGCGUGAUUUCAGCAUCCAUCAAAGAAAUGUUGGAUGGGUGGAAAAUCCCUAUAGCCAAAGUACAUGUGAUUUUAAGGGACAAUGCCAGCAAUAUGAAGAAAGCUAUGGAUGACCUUGGGGUCCCUAGUUUGGGUUGUGUUGCGCACACACUACAGCUUGUUGUUAACGAGGGACUUUUGUCACAACGAAGUGUAAGCGACGUGAUUGCAAGUGCUAGAAAAAUUGUGGGGCACUUCAAACAUUCCCCGUUAGCAUACUCGCGUUUGCAAGAUCUCCAGCGCGAAUUUCAAAUGCCACUGAAGCGUCUUCAGCAGGACGUCAAAACCAGGUGGAACAGCACAUAUUACAUGAUUCAGAGCAUCUUAGAACAGAAGCGAACUUUAUGUGCAUUUGCUGCCGACCACGAGCUGCCUGCAUCGAUGACUGCAAACCACUGGGCAUUACUGGAGAAAACGAUGAUCGUACUGUCACCAUUUGAAGAACUGACUCGAGCCAUAAGCUCAUCAAGUUCUUCCACAGCGGAUGUUAUUCCAACAAUUUCAGUUCUGAAACGUCUGCUAUCUCAGGAGAGAGACACGGACGCAGGAAUUAAAACAAUGAAAAGUACGCUACUACAAGCGGUCAACACAAGAUUUGGUAACAUCGAAGAUGAACCACUUUACUCCUUGGCAACUUUACUCGAUCCACGGUACAAAGACAGAUGCUUUACAAAUGAAGAAGCUGCCAUGCAUGCAAAAAAUGCCCUGAUUCAAGAGGUCGAGAAGAUAGAAAAUGCACUAAAGACAACAGCAACUACUGCUUUAGCCACUGCAGCAGAUCCAGCAGAGAUGGUUUCUCAUGCAGAGGCAAGUGGGUCAAGUGGACACACAAGCAAGAGCACCUUCAUGAUGAUGUUCGAUGAAGUUCUCAACAAGGAGCAAGAAGAAUCUGAAGGAGGAAUCAUUCAAACAUCUGCUCUUGUACAAGUACAAACAUAUAUGACAGAGAAACUUAUCCCUCGGUCUGAAAAUCCAUUCCAGUACUGGGCAGUGAACAAUUCUCGCUUCCCUGCCCUUGCUGCUACUGCAUCAGCAUUUCUCUCUGCCCCCUGUACCAGUGUGGAGAGUGAAAGACUGUUUAGCACAGCCUCCAACAUCAUAGAUGAAAAAAGAAACCGACUACUAGCAGAGAGAGCAGAAAUGCUAAUAUUCCUGAAAAAAAACCUGACAAUGUUUAUCAAGUGAAUCCUGCCACAGGUUUCUGUCAUGGGUGACGUCUAAAUACUUAGACAUGGUUGUUCCAUUGGUUGUUGCAAUGUUGCAUUGCACUAUUUUCUUUUGAUGAGUGCAAGGUUUACUGUUUAAUACAUUUUGCAUUGUGCUUCAAGAGUUCUAAUAUAGGAUUCACUUUAUAAUAUUGUCUUUUCUUCAGAAAAUUAUUUAAUUUAAUGUAAUAAUUGCAGUAUAUGGUUUAGGUUGUUAUACCACUAACUGCUAAAAGUACUGUUUGCUACUGCCUUAAUACUUUUUUUAAGGUUUCUUGUGUUUUCAUUUUUCAUAAUGGGCAUUUUUGUAUUUCUUU